GGAACUUAAAUACCCGUGGUCACCACUAGAUCACUAGUGAUGAGAAGCUCACGGUUUAAGUAAAAUUUUGGAAUCUAGUGUUAGCCAACGAUCGCUAGGACACGGUGCAUCAGCCAAACCUCAUUUGACGUGAGGUUCCUUUCUUCAAGGCUGAUUUGAAGUCUUUUUCGACAGUUCACCCCAACAAAUAUGUAUUCAAUCCGCUUCACUGCCAUUUGACAGUCGGUGGCAUACUUUUUAGUCGGGCUUGUAUUAAAACAAAUCAUUCAAACAUAACUCUAAUAUAUAUUCUGAAUUCAUCCGUUGAUCAAAACAAAUUUCAACAUAUCUAUUCUAUAUGUUAUUAUUAAUUCGAGUAUUAAAAACAAGUAUAAUUCAUUUAAUUCCAAUCAUUUUAGUUAAUUUUAAUCUAAUAUCAUGUUUUACUAUUGGUACAAUAUAUUUCGUUUUUACAAGAAAUCGUUAAAGACCAGACCAAUAAAGUUGAACUGUUUUUUGGAUUUUACAAAAAGAAUGGUUGUUUGGUGGCGUGGAAAUAGUAAAUCUAGAAAGUUAACCAUGGUUGAAAGGAUAACCAUAGAUGAGUCUAGAGGCAAUCAGAUAUUUUAGCAGCAGCCGUCAGUCUAUAUAAUGUCACUGAAGUAGCUAUAACCUUAAAUACACACACACAGACAGAUCAAACAAUCAUGUGGGAUGAAGUAGUCGCCGGACCUGAGCCCGAUCACGGCCUCACCAACCUCCGCAGAGUCUCCACCAUGUCCGAAAAAGGAGGAGAAGGAAGCAGUAGUAAGUUCCAAAAAAGUCUAUCGAUGCCCAAGAGUCCAACAACACCGGGAACUCCUACAACUCCGUCGCCAACGGCGGCGCGUAAGGAGAACGUGUGGAGGAGUGUGUUUAAUCCCGGUAGUAAUCUUGCUACCAAAGGCAUCGGAUCCAACUACUUUGACAAACCCGAAACCACCAAAUCUCCCACUGUUUAUGACUGGCUCUACAGUGGCGAAACAAGGAGCAAACAUCGUUAAGUUGCUAACAAUGUUUUAAAAUCUGGUUUGUAUAACGUACUGGAUUUGGUUCAGAAACAGUUUAACUUGGUGUAUCGGACGUGAUGUAAAUAUGCAACUCUUUCAUUUGUAGGUGGCCACGUGUUGUUGUAUGGUUGUGAGUUGGUUUUUGUUUGAAAGAAGAGUGUAUGGUAUGGAUAAGCAUUAUUGUAAGCCGUUGGAUGAAUGGUAUGGACGGUGGAUAAGAGCUACUACUAUUACUAUUAUAUCAUGUACUUGACUACUGCUAGUGGUGUUUAAUACUUUUUGUUUGUGUUAUUAUAUAAAAUCUUAUCUUUUGUUGAUCCGUUGGUUUGUAUA